UGACUAAGGUCUUUUCCAUAGAUGCUGCCUGGCCUGAGUCCCUCCAGCAUUUUGUACAUGUUGCUUGGAUUUCCAGCAUCCUCAGAUUUUCUCCUGUUUGAGCAGCAAAAAAUGAUCACACCUGUCCUCAAAAUGGCUCCAGGUGUGAGCAGUGGAGGAGUUCCAGUGACGUCAACAUCGGGAAAGGACAUGGGUCCGAGCUCAGUGAUCACUGAGCUCCUGACAAACUUGGAUGAUAUCCAGCUGCUUCACCUAACUGACUUCUACCGGGACAGGCUGGAGCAGGCGAUCGAAGGAAAGGUACACGGAGUGAGCCUGGCGAUAACGGCUAAGAAUCGGUUCAGUGGAGAGGAACAUCGGAAAAUCUCCGAUCUUGCUAUUAAGGGAGAGCGGGUGGACAGUUCUAAACUCCUCCUGAGCCUGGUGAUGGAGAAGGACUCCCGCACCCGGAGGGUGAUGUGGGAAACAUUUGUGAAAAUGCGGAUUGGUGUCCCCAAUUUGGACAAAGUACUGAAGGAAAUACAGAUAUAUGGUUGUGAUCCUUCCCAUCGACCAAUUCCUGCUCAACUUUUACUGACGGUUCUCAGUGCGCUGAACGAUGUUCAACAGAAACACAAGGAGACUCUGCGGGCACAAACUCAAACUCUGAGAGUGAACACGAUCCUGAUGAUGGAGGAGGUGAAGGUUUUCCAGCUGGUUGAUCGAUACACUGAGCUCACGCUCACUUCUACUGUUCGAGAUCGGAGACUGGUGGAACAUGAGCUGCUGGCAAGAGGCAGAGACCAUGAGGAGUGGAGAGAAAAACAUCUCCGCGGAAAGCUAGAAAAAAUUUGGAUUGAUCAGUUAUUCCAGAGCAGCUUUUCCCAGAGUAAAUCCACAUCUGGGAGUUCAGCAGCAGUAGAUGGAGUUGCAGGGAUCGGGAAAACAACAAUGGUACAAAAGAUUGUUUAUGACUGGGCCAUGGGGAAAAUAUACCAACAAUUCCAAUUUGUCUUCAGUUUCAAAUUCCGAGAUUUAAACUCCAUUAACUGUAGAAUAAACCUGAGGGAAUUGAUUCUGGAUCAAUAUCCUUACAUUGGGAAUAUCCUGAGUGAGGUCUGGAAGAACCCAGAGGGAUUGCUGUUCAUAUUCGAUGGUUUGGAUGAAUUCAAACACAGAAUCGAUUUUGCUGACAGUCGGAGGGAAACAGAACCCAAGCACCAGUGCCCAGAUCCUGAGUCGUGGUGUCAUGUGUCUGACAUUGUGUACAGUUUAAUCCAGGGCAAGCUGCUCCCAGGGUGUUCAGUGCUGGUGACCACCCGCCCCACUGUGUUACAUUUAUUGGAAAAGGCUGAGAUCAGUGUCUGGGCUGAAAUCCUGGGAUUUGUUGGUGAGGAACGGAAGGAAUAUUUCAUCAGGCAUUUUGAAGAAAAGACAGUAGCUGAAGCUGUUUUCAAACAUGUGGAGGAGAACGAGGUCCUGUACACUUUGAGCUACAACCCUUCCUGCUGCUUGAUCCUUGCUCUUGCACUGGGCCCCUUCUUCACACAAAGUGUCAGGGACCCGCAGCAAAUUCCCAAGACCAUCACCCAAUUAUAUUGCUAUUAUAUUUACAACAACCUGAAAAACCACGGCUGUGAGAUUGAGAACCCCCGUGAUGUGUUACUCAGGGUUGGUCAGAUGGCCUUCGCAGGAGUGUCCCAGAGGAAGAUUGUGUUUACAGACAGAGAUUUGAUCAGUUACAGUCUGCAGCCUUCCCAUUUCCUAUCCGGGUUUCUGAUGGAGCUUUUGGAGCGAGGGGAUUCUGCCCGGAGUGUGGUGUACACAUUCCCACACCUCACCAUCCAAGAGUUUGUAGCUGCACUCGCACCAUUCCUGACUCCACAUCCCGGGGAUAUCCUAAAAUUCCUCACUGAAGCCCACUUGAAGACAGAUGGGCGAUUUGAUGUAUUUCUCCGUUUUGUUGCUGGUCUCUCCAACCCAAUGACAACUCGGGGUCUGGAGGAGUUUCUGGGUCCAUUUCCUCAUGACACCACCUGUCGGGUAUUUGACUGGGUGAAGGGGGAGGUUAAACGCCAGAGUGGAAACACAUGGAGUGAAGCUGGUAGAAGGAGCCUCCUGAACACGUUGCACUACCUAUUUGAGUCUCAGAAUCCUGGACUGGCUCAGGCCGCACUGGGAUCUGUUGAAACAGUUUCAUUCAGUGGAAUAACACUGACCCCGAUUGACUGCGUGGUCCUGUCUCAUGUCAUUGGACUCUGUGAAACAAUAAAACACCUCGACCUGGGGAACUGCCACAUUCAGUGUGAAGGAAUCCAACGGCUGGGACCCGGGCUGCACAAGUGCGAGAAUUUGAGACUUGGGCGGAAUAAACUGGGAGAUUCAGGAGUGAAACUGGUAUCUGCAUCUCUGAGGAGCCCGGUGUGUAAAAUACAGAAACUGCGGCUGGUCAAUGUCAGUCUUACAGAUUCUGGUGCCGAGGAUCUUGUCUCUGCUCUCAGUACAAACCAAUCACUGACGGAGCUGGACCUCAGUGAUAAUGAACUAGGAGAUUCAGGAGUGAGACUGGUGUCUGUGGCUCUGAGGAACCGGGAGUGUAAAAUACAGAAACUGUGGCUGGUCAAUGUUGGUCUCACAGAUUCUGGUGCCGAGGAUCUCGUCUCUGCUGUCAGUACAAACCCUUCACUGACUGAGCUGAUCUUGGGAUUCAACUCGCUCACAGACCUAUCUGUCCCCGCUCUCCGCUGCCUCAUAUUGACCCACCCGAGUCUGAAGUGGAUCGCUGUGUGGGGGAAUCGGUUCAGUGGGACCAGGAGGAUGGAACUGAGAUCUCUGCAGGAACCCAGACCCGGACUGAGAGUGACUGUAUGAACAUAUGAAUGUUAAUGAAAUGAUGUCAUUUCUGGGAAAACUUAAAGACCUGGAAACUCAAGUCACUACACACAAAGAGGAAUUGAAGAUAACUAAGUAAAAACUUCUUGAAACUACAACUCGUUUGGAAAGAUAUCAAAAUAAGAUUAUAGACCUGGAAACUAGGUCUCGUCAAAGGAAUGUACAAGUUGAUGGGCUGCAGAAAGGAGUCAAAAAUGGAGAUUUAACUGCUUACUUUGGUAAGCUUUUUCAUACUUUAUUUCCUACUAUAUUAUCACAGCCACCUACUGUAGAAAGAGCACAUAGAACUUUUACUUUGAGAUCUCAAGAUUCAAAUAAACCACGGUCUGUUCUGGUUUGUUUUCAUCAUUUUACGAUUAAAGAUCAAAUAAUGUGACAGACAAGAAAACAGAGUUUUUAGAUUUGAGAAAUCUGAGCUCCGCUUUUAUGACGAUUAUCCGAAGGAGAUAAUGGAAAAAAGAUCAAAAUUUGCUCUGGUAAUGAAACAGGCAUAUGAUAAGAAACUGUUUCCUUCCUUGCUUUACCCAACAAGAAUUAUAGUUUUUCCUCCUGAUUCUCCUCCUUAUACAUUUUUUGAUCCUAAAGUUGCACUGGUGUUUGUUCAAACUAUACCUGCUGCAACUGCUGAUUGAACUGUCUGGAAGAUUGCUUGGUUAUCUGCAUAUUAGCAUUUCAGAAAGAAGAUUUAUGAAUGCUUGGACAUUUCAUUGAGAGACUAUUAGAAGAAGAUUAGGGGAUUUGUUCAUUAUUGCAUAUCAUUGGAUUUUUUUGGAGAGAAGAUUUAUGGUUCAAGUAUGUCUGUUUAAAUGGUUAUUCGGACAUUCAACUGAGAAAAAGAAGGUAGACUUAUUCCUUUAACCUAAUAUCUGGUUUGAUUUUUUUUUGUUUCUUUCUUAAUUAACCAACUGGUAGUUUUUCCUACUAGUGGGGUUAUUUCCUUCUUUUAUAUAUACUUAGCGGAGGUUUCAAUUAUUUAUAUAAUAUUAUUGGUAUUUUUGAAAAUUUAAGUAUGCUAUUAAUGUCUCUUUUUGUUUUUUUUCUUUUCAAUAUAUUAGUAUGUUUUUUAUAUAAUAGACUAUUAUAGCAUCUUAUAACUGAAUUUAAAGCAUUUUUUAGGGGAUUUAAUGUUAAAUAUAAGAUGGCGCUGGUGUUUCUUUUUAAGAGAUGAUAACUUUUUGGUUUUCUCUUUGUCUCAAAAAGAUUAAAUGUAAACAUGGGAUAGUUUGUAGAUGCUGGAAUGUAAACACUUUCCUUUCUUAAGACUUCGUCGUUCCUCUUACAAGGUCAGUGAGUUUCAUUUUUUUUAACCAGGGGAAGUGUUAGAGAACCUUUUUAAAAUUUGUUUUUGGACAGACAGAGCAGUCUUAGCUUCGUUUUCUAUCAUAGGGUGCCUGCUUUUUUCUGGGCUGUGGGGACAGAGGGGUGGGGUUAGAGUUAGGGGUUUUUCCCAUUGGAUGGUUCUGGAGCAUGCGUGUUUUCUAUGUGGUUGUACUUUUCAUCACCACCAUUUUUGAUCAUCCCUUAUUGGUAUGUGCUCUGCACAUGUGUAAAAUAGAAUAAAAUUAUAGUAUGAUAUUUAAACGGAUAAAUGUAAUAAGUUUGAAUGUACGUGGUUGGAAUCAUCCUAUCAAAUGAUAAAAGACUUUUAAAAUCAUUAAUCGAUUCCAACCUGACAUAAUUUUUGCCCAAGAGACGCAUAUCAAGGCGGGAGAUCAAAAUAGAUUUUUCAGAUCAUGGAAGGGUUUGCAAUGUGACUCCACUUCUCAAAGUAAAACUAAAGGACUGUCUAUUUUUAUUAAAUCCAAUAUUUCAUUCAUUCAAGAGGAUAUUAAGUCAGAUUUUAGUGGUAGAUUUUUAAUUGUUGAAGGAGUAAUUUGUAACAGAAAAGUUGUUUUGGUUAAUUUGUACGGUCCUAACUUAGAUGAUCCUUUUUUUAAAAAUGUAUUUGCUUUUUGCCGGAUUUAAAUGAAUAUAUGUUGAUAAUGGGUGGGGAUUUUAACUUGUUUAAAUCCUUUGACAAGAGCUCAGCCAAUCAGCGACUUUCAAAUCACUCUGUGUCACUUAUUAAUUCCUUUUUGACCAAUUUUGGAUUGAUUGAACUAUGGAAAUAUUUACACCCUGAUGACAGAGAAUAUUCUUUCUUUUCACAUGUUUAUAGAAAAUAUUCAAGGAUCGAUUAUAUUAUAGUCGACCCUCAGUUAUUGCCUAGUGUUAAGAAUUGUGAAUAUGACACUAUUGCUGUUUCUGAUCAUGCGCCUUUGAGUUUAUCUUUUGAAUUUGAUGAUGUUAUCCUUGCCCGCCCCCCUUGGUGCCUGUCUCAGACAUUAUUGCAGAAUUCUGACUGUUAGCCUCAUUGAAACCCAGAUAAAAGAAUUUUUUUCUUUUUAAUGAUAUAGAGGUAUGUCUAAAUUAAUCAUAUGGGAUACAUUUAAAGCAUUUUUACGUGGUCAGAUAAUUUCUUAUUCAGCUAAGCUUAAAAAACAGACUAGAGUAGAAUUAGAUAAGAUUUCAAAACAAAUUAAAGACUUUGAUAAUAUUUAUGCAAUUUCCCCUAAUAUUGACUUACUUAAACAAAGGGUGGAACUUCAAUCACAAUAUAAUUUAUUAUUAACUCAUCCUAUUGAAGGCUACUUGCUUAAGCUAAAAAGUCAAUUUUAUAUGUUUGGAGAUAAAAAAAAACUGCUUGCAUUUCAAUUAAAAACGGCCAGAGCCAAAAGGCAAGUUUUGAAAAUCCAUAGGAAAGAUGGUACCCUGGCUUGGGAAUAUGAAGAAAUAAGUAAGAUUUUUAUACUGAACUUUAUAAAUCUCAAUUUCCAGUAGAUUCUUCUAAAAUGAAUGCUUUUUUACGAAAGAUUGCUUUUCCUCAAAUUUCUGUUGAGGAUCAAAAAAAUCUUGAUGCCCAAGUUACUGAAGCUGAAAUUCAUAAAGUCAUUUUUUCAAUGCAAUCCAGUAAGGCCCCUGGACUUGAUGGCUACCCUGUAGAGUUUUAUAAAAAAUUUGGAAAAUUGCUCUCUUUUUUAUAUGUUUGAAAUGUUUAAGGAUUCUUUUGUGAAAGGUGAAUUACCCUCUACUUUUUAUGAGGCUUCUAUUUAAUUCUUAAAACGGAUGAAGAUCCUACUGAUUGUGCCUCAUAUAGACCUAUUUCAUUAUUGAAUGUUGAUGCUAAGAUCCUGUCAAAGAUAAUGGCCAAUCAGUUGGAAAAUAUUUUGGGUAAUAUUGUUUUUAAAGAUCAAACAGGCUUUAUAAAGGGUCGUUAUUCCUUUUCAAAAGUUCGGAGAUUAUUUAACAUUAUAUACUCAUCUUCUUUUAAAACUUCACAAUACAUCAUCUCUUUGGAUGCUGAUAAAGCAUUCAAUUGAGUUGAAUGGAAAUAUUUAUUUAAUGUUUGUAGAGAAAUUUGGUUUUGGUGUUAAUUUUAAUAAUUGGAUUAAAAUGAUAUAUAAAGCUCUGUCAAUCAGCUUCCAAAUGUUGCUACUCUGUCAUUCAUUGCCACGCCCCACUGCUGAUUCCCUUCUCCUCAUCAUACAUUCUUACCUCGACCGCCGUCCAGAGCCCCAAACUCUGUCCUGUGCAGACCUGCCUCUGGUUUCUGACCCUGCACCGUUGAACAUCCAACUAAUGGCUUCCCAUUCUGCUUUCCGUCUUUAGAGGACAGUGGUGUUUUCUAACAACCCUUUGGAAGCAGGGAAAAUGACCCAUAAUGUGGAAAUGAGUAGUGAUUAAGGAGGUUAACUCCCAAUGUCAUUCUUCCUCAGCCCAGAGAUUUGAGGGGUGAAUAACAUCUCAGACAGAACUGCAGUCAACUCGACUUCUUCAAUCUGCAGAAAAUUUAAGACAAGCUUCUUCACCUACAGAGUGGAGACUGUUUGGAACCCAUCACCACAGGGAGAGUGAGAGGGGAACAACAGGGGAGGAAUUAAAUGGACUGUUGUGGAACAGAAUCACUGGCAGGGUCCAGCCAGCCUGAGUUGACAGGCUGAAUCCGUGGAAGUGAGCCACGGAUGCUGCCCGACCUGCUGAGUUCCUCCAGUUUGUACAUGAAACUCCUCCCAUGCUCAGUGACCAGGGUGCAGAACUGGUUGUGGUGAGCAGCAGCAAUAAUUGCAGAGUUCAGCACAGACAGUCACUCUUGAAAUUGCAUUUAGCAAUGGUGAUGGACAAAUAUCCAGCAUGCAGCUUUUUUAAAAUUUCUCCCCAGUGUGAACCUGGUAGUGUCAUAAGGUUAGAUGUUUGAGUGAAUCACUUCCCAACUUCUUAGCAGGUGAAUGGCCUCUCCCCAGUGUGAACUCAAUGAUGCACAUUGAGUUGAUUUGACUGAGAGAAACUCUUCCCACAGUCUGAGCAGGUGAACAGCCUUUAUGCAAUGUGAACUCGCUGGUGUCCCUGUAGAUAAGGUGACUGAGUGAAACACUUACCACAUUCACAGCAGGUGAAUGGCCACCACCAGUAUGAACUGACUGGUGUGCCAGCCAGUAGGGUGGAUGACCGAGUGAAUUUCUUCCCACAGACUGAGCAGGUGAACGGCUUCUCCCCAGUGUGAACUCGCUGGUUUCUAUGAAGAUGGGAUGAUCGAUGGAAUCCCUUCCCACAGACUGAGCAGGUGAACGGCCUCUCCCCAAUGUGAACUGACUUGUAUGCUUUUAGAUUAGAUAACUUAGUGAAUCCCUUCCCAAACAACAAACAGAUGAAUGGCCUCUCCCUAGUGUGAAGUCUUUGAUGUGCCUUCUGCUUCUGGGGGAGCAGGUGAACGGCUUCCCCCAGUGUGAGCUGACUGGUGCUUAAGUAGGUGAGAUGACAGUGAAUCCCUUCCAACAGACUGAGCAGUUGGAUGGCAUCUCCCCAGUGUGAACUCGCUAAUGUGCCAUUAUGUCACAUAACCUUCCCCACAAAUUCAGAAGGUGACUGACCUCGCCUUAGUGUGAACGGACUGGUGUGUCCAUAAGUAGUAUGACCGAGUGAAUCCCUUCCCACAUGCAGAGCAAGUGAAUGGCCUUGUCCCAGUGUGAACUCACUGAUGCACCUUCAGUGGAGAGGACCAAGUGAAUCCCUUCCCACAGUCUGAGUAGAUAAACAGCCUCUCCCCUGUGUAAAAUGAAGGUUAUGCCAGGAGGUCAGAUGACUGAGCGGGUCCUUUCCCAGUCAAAACAGGAAGGAUCAGCAAAUGAAUCUCUGCCCACAAUCUGAGCAGGAAGGAUGACUGCAUGAAUACCCCGUUCCACCUCUUAAAUAUCUGGACAGACACAACAAAACUAUUGUGUUGUGUCUGAGAUUCCUGUAUAGAAAUUCCUUGUCAUUUUUAAACUGAAAAAAGAUUUACAAAAUCCAUCAAUGGAUGAAGGAGAGCAUUUCAGAUGAGAUCACUUUAGUUGCCAAGGUGAGAUCUGACAUCACACUGCUGCAGUGAAAUUCAACCCAAGUCAGUUUACUGGUGACGUCAUCAUCGAGAAUGGCAGCUUAAGUCACUAGUUCCUUCGGAAAAACGCGUAUUAAGUCUCGUUAACCCAUCAAAUACAAUAUUUUUCGAAAAAUAUUUGAACUGAAAAGAGGGGCAGGAAUGGGGAAAAGGAAUGGAAAUAAAAAAAGUGACACUGUGGAGCCUGCGUCCGAGAGGAGUGCAGCGGGCGGCUCUCCUACCCGACCACGUGCUAGCAAGGCAGACGCCGGGCCUCGUUCAGAUGAAGUGGCGAAUAUCUUUGAAAUCCUGAAAGAGAUAAUGCAGGUCCAGAAAGAAAUAAAAGCAGCAGCUUAGUGAUUUUAAAUCAGAGCUUGCCAGUGUUAAUCAAAAAAUAGCGGUGGGAGAGACUCGAAUCGAUGGAAGAUCGCGUUCAAAACGUGGAACGGAUACUGAGUAAGACAAUAAAAAUAUUACAUCACCUAGAAGGUAAACUGCUGGACCUGGAGGAAAGAUCACAGCGGAAAAAUAUCAGAACCUACAACUUUCCUGAAGGAGCGGAGGGCUGGUCUAUGAUGGAGUUUGUUGGAAAGUUACUGCAGGAUGCGUUGGAGCUUCCCCCGGCUAUGAAGCUGGAAGUCAAGAGAGCCCACCGCACGUUGGUUCCAAAACCUACCCAGGACAGAAAGCCACGCUCAAUAAUAAUCAAAUUCCUUCGGUACAGCACCAAGGCAGAGAUUUUAUGAAGGGCCUGGGAUAAGAAGAGAGCGUAUUUUGACGAUAAAUUAAUAUAUUUCGACCAAGAUUACCCCCACCCAUCCCCCGCUGUCCUCCAGAAGCGCAAAGAAUACUCUGAAGUAAAGCAAGUACUAAAGCAAAAUAAGAUUAGAUUUCAAACUCCGUACCCUGCUAAACUUCGAGUGUUUUAUGACAACGGGACGCGGUUGUACCAGACAGUGGAAGAGGCGACUGCAGACAACAUGACCAAAACGAGAGAAAGCCUGGCUGAAGAAUUAUCCCACUCCGCUUGGGAGAUAGUGCGAGAAUCGAGAAGGCAGGAGACUGGAGGAGGCUGAGAGAAGUAUAUCAGGAAGAGACCAGGAGUUUCCCAAAGACAGUUCUCAACCCCUUCAGAAGAGCCAUAAGAUUUGGCUAACUUUAAAAAUGUGGAGAAGCUAAACAGAAGUACACGGUGAUAUACCUAUCUCGAGAAAUACUUAUUAUAAUGUGGAUUUUAUAUUACUUAGUUGUUAUUCUUUAUUUGUUCACUUACUCCUUUUUCCCCACCAAAAUGAGAAUAUGAGAAUGUGUGCAUAUGUGUAUGUGUGUAAUGUGUGUGUGUGAAUAUAUAUCUGUAUAUAUAGGAGGAGCACACAGGGAAAUCUUUUCUGUGUAAUGGAUUUAUUCACUGACUUUUAUGAAUACUGCAAUGGGGGCCCUCAACUCACAAGUAGGAGGGGUUAUCCCCCACAGCUAGACAUUUCCUCUAGCUCAACGCAGGGUCAUCUACUAGAGACUUCAGCCUUGGAAUCACAUGUUCAUUGCCAUUUUUGUGUUAUUUGCGUUUCUUGGUUCUUAAUUGUUCAGGGAGUAGAUCAAUUCAGUUUUAUUCUAAUUUCAAUGAUACAUUGACAGAUAAAUACAGAUGGCUAAGGACAAGGUAAAAUUCAUUUCUUUUAAUGUCAAUGGGCUAUUUAAUCCAAUCAAACGUAAGAGAAUUUUUAACCAAAAUGAAAAAAAGAACAAGCCCAUGUAAUAUAUUUACAGGAAACUCAUUUAAGUGAUAAUGAGCAUAAAAAACUAAAGAGAAUGGGCUUCACUAAUCUGUUUUUGUCCUCAUAUAAAUGAGGACAUAGGAGAGGAGUUGCUAUUCUUAUCUCAAAUAAGCUAAGAAAGUUAAUGCACUUUUUAGGAUAAUGGUUUAAUUGAUAUACGGAGGGACCUUUUCCCUGACAGAAGGGAUUACACUCAUUAUUCUGCUCCCCAUUCUGUAUAUACAAGAAUAGACUAUUUCAUAACAUUUGGAAAAGAAUUCUAUUUGGAAACUAAAUUCAAGUCUACUCAAUGAUCCGUACUUUAAGGAACAAAUUAAAACAGAAAUUGGUCGGUACUUAGAAUUUAAUGAUAAUGGAGAGGUUUCAGCUCCCAUUUUAUGGGAUACUCUGAAGGUGGUCUUAAGAGUGAAAAUUAUAGUGAUAUCUUCUUAUAAGAAAAAAAUAAGGAUUAAAACAGAGGAAUUACAAAAUAGGCUGAAGGAACUAGAGAAAAAACACAAAUUGAAUUUGGCACAGGAUACAUUGGGGAAAUUAAAAGAAUUAGGAAUGAAAUAAAUAAUUUGGCUCGGCAAGAAAUCAGGAAAAACUUAAUGUUUCUGAAACAGAGACAUUAUGAAAGUGGAUCAAAAUCUAUGAAAAUACUGGUGUGGAAACUGAAAAAAAAGAUAGCAGAAAAUAAAAUUCUUAGAAUUAGGGACCCAAGAACGAAAAUGAUAAAAAAUAAGCGAAGUGAAAUUCAAGAAGCUUUUGAAGUGUUUUCCAAAACUCUGUAUUCCAAAGUUCCAGGGGGAAGCAUAACCCAAAUUGACACCACCUUGAAUUCUCUAGAGUUACCCACUUUAAGCAAAAACAAAAUAGAACGAUGACUGCUGACAUAACUGAAGUUGAAUUAAAAGCUGCAAUUAGUAGGCUUAAAUUAAACAAGUCACCAGGAUCAGAUGGGUACAUGGCAGAGUGGUACAAAGAACUUAAACAUGAGUUAAUUCCUGUUUUACUCCCCACACUGAACUGGGCUCUAAAAAAGGCACAAAUGCCACCCAGUUGGAAGGAAGCGAUAAUCUCAGCUAUACCGAAAGAAGGCAAAGAUAAAAUGGAAUGCGGGUCAUUUAGACCAAUAUUCGUUCUUAAUGUAGAUUAUAGAUUAUUUACCUCCAUCAUGGCCAAAUGAUUAGAGGAGUUUCUACCCAUACUGAUACGUAACGAUCAGACUGGUUUUAUAUGACAACGCCAGACACAAGAUAAUAUUUGAAGGACACUUCACGUUAUGGAUCAUAUACAAAAAAAUAAAAUUGAAGCAAUAGUGAUAAGCAUGGACGCUGAAUAAUCAUUUGAUUUGGUUAAUUGGAAUUUUCUUUACAGAGUUUUACAUAGAUUUGGUUUCCAAGACACAAUUAUUAAAACUAUACAGACACUAUAUGACAAUCCUACUGCUAGGAUUAAAAUCAAUGGAUAUUUAUCAAAUAGUCUUACCCUAGAAAGCGGCACAAGACAGGGUUGUGCACUACUCUUUGCGUUAUAUCUGGAACCAUUAGCUCAAUACAUCAGACAAAAUGAAGAUAUCAGGGGAAUUACUCUUAAAGGGACAGAGCAUAAAUUGGCUUGUUAUGUGGGUGACAUUUUGAUCUAUCUCAGGCAACCAACAUACUCUUUACCUAAAUUGAUGCAAUCCUUUGAACAAUAUGGUCAAUUAUCAGGAUACAAGAUCAACAUAGAUAAAACCCAAUUACUUUCAUAUUGCUGUAGCCCACCAAGAGAAAUUGAAAGUCGAUACCCCUGGGCAUGGCGCAAGGAGUCUCAAAUAUUUGGACAUCAUUAUGCCAAAAGAUUUGGCAAAAUUAUCAGAAUGUAAUUAUCAGCCUUUAUAUAAAAAAAUAAGGAAAUUGUGGCAAGAUGGAACAUGAUUCCUUUUUUCAGUCUCAGUUCAUGGAUUGAGUCUAUUAAAAUGAAUAUACUGCCCAGACUGUUAUAUCUCUUUCAGACCCUACCAAUAGAGAUUAAUCAAAAUCAAUUCAGUGAAUGGAACAAGAUGUUAUCAAGGUAUGUUUGGCAGGGUAAAAGGCCGAGAGUUCGUCUUAAAACUUUGCAAUUAGCAAAGGAAAAGGGGGGAUGGGGCCUACCUUCUCUUAGGGAUUAUUAUUUUGCAGCCCAGUUGAGAGCUGUGAUAUGUUGGUGCAACCCAUCAUAUGACGCUCAAUGGAAAAACAUUGAGGAACGGGUACUUCCCAUCCCCAUACAAACAAUUUUGGCUGGUAACAACUUGCAAAGUUACAUAAAUACUAUUGAUAACCCAUGGGUGAAAUUGACUCUUAAAAUAUGGAAAACUACUAUAAAAGAAUAUAAUUUAGAGGGAAAUAUUGCAAUUCUUAAAUGGUGUGCAUAUGACUCGGAUUUCACACCAAAUAAAUUGGAUGCUAGAUUUAAGGAUUGGGCAGCUAAAGGAAUAACAGUUCUUUGCAACAUAAUGAAAGAAGGAACACUGUUCAGUUUUGAAAUGCUUAAAGCGAAACACUUAUUAGAAAAACAAUUUUUAUUGGUAUUUACAGAUGCGACAGUAUGUUAGUAAGAUGCUUAAAAAUGUAACCAAGGUAAAUACAUGCUUGAUAGAGCUCUUUAGAAAAGCAUAUAAUUCUGAUAAUGGUAGUAGAAUCAUUUCAAGCAUGUAUAAGGGGUUGUCAAAUCUUAAAACACAUUCGACUUCAUACAUUAAAACAAAAUGGGAGAAGGAAGGAGGGAUAAUUAUAUCUGAGGAAGAAUGGAUGACAAUAUGGGGAUACCAAUGGAAGUGUACCAGUUCACAGAAAUGGAGGGAGUUUGGAUGGAAAAACUUGAUAAGAUAUUUUAUUACACCCCCUCAGAAAUCCCAUUAUGAUAGUAACCUUCCUGUUUGCUGCAGCAAUUGUGGAAAUCAAAAUGCAAGUUAUCAUCAUAUUUUUUGGGACUUCCCUGUUAUCCAAAACUGUUGGAGGGGGAUACACAAUGCCCUACAAGACAUCUUUAAAUGUGAGAUACCCUUAGAUAGUAAGACCAUAUAUUUUCGAUAUAUACCUCAAGAAUGGUUGAAAAGAGAUAAAUAUUUAAUGAAUACACUGUUGGUGGCUGGUAAAAAGACUCUUGCUAGGAAAUGGUUAUCACAGGAGAGCCCAACUUUAAAUAUAUGGAUGGAAAUUACAAUGGACAUUUACAAAAUGGAGAAGGUAACAGCAUCUGUUAACCAUAAGCUGGAACAAUUUGAUUCAUACUGGGAAAAAUGGUUUAACUACAUAAUGCCUCAUAGGCCUGAUUUUACUCACAAAUCGAUGAAUCUGUUGUAAAAUAAAAAGAUCACUCCCUACUUGUACAUAGUUCUUGCCUUUUGUUUGCUUUUUCUUUCCACUCUUUUCUAUAAAUGUAUACCUCAGAUAAAUACUUUGUGGAGAUUUGUGAUAUAUAUGAUAUAUAUGUUCUAUGUUUGAAAUACAUCUUAUGGAAAUAAUUGUUUGAUGAUGAACUUAAAUAAAAAAAUCAAUUACAAUGAAAUUCAACCCCAGUCGGUGAGAGAAAUUAUCUUCUAAAUGUGCACAGUGCAGGUAUAUGGAAUGCCCAUCAAAUUCUCUGAUGCUCUUCCUGUCUCUAAUAGAAUGGGUACAGAGGAGAUAUCAGGGGUAAGUUUUUUUACACAGAGAGUGGUGAGUGUGUGGAAUGGGCUGCCGGUGACAGUGGUGGAGGCGGAUCUGAUCAGGUCUUAAUAGAGACUCCUGGGCAGGUAUAUGGAGCUUAGAAAAUUAGAGGGCGAUGGGUAACCCUUGGUCAUUUCUUAGGUAAGAACAUGUUCGGUCAGAAGGGUCUGUAUUGUGCUGUAUGAUUUUUUUCUAUGUUUCUGCCCUCUCCAAUCUGUGACUUGGCUCAAUCUGUCUCUCUCCAUUGGUAUUAUUCCCUGUUUCCACUGAGCUGCAUGGGUGCCUGGCCCCACAAUAACUGAAACACUCACACAAAUAGUCUUUGUUGUCCUGCAACUUGGAUUUUCUUUUACAUACUGUUAAUUUAAUGUGCCACAUUUUUAAAGCCAUGUAAAAAUUUUCUGCUGAGAUGAAUGGUUGCACCGCACAGCUGUUAAACGGAAUUACGGUAUUAUUUAAGGUUUUUGUCACAGUCAUAGAAAAGUACAACACGGAAACAGGCCCUUUAGCCCACUUAGUUUGUGCUGAACUAUUUAAAAUUUUACUCCCAUACCUCUACCAUCCAGGUACCUAAACAGACCUCUAACAUGUUGAAAUUGAGCUUGCGUGCACCAUUUGUGCUGGUUGCUUAUUCCACACCCGGACA